CUCCUAGAAAUCAGAUAUCAACAGGGAGUCAUCGUAGAGAGAUGGGAUAAUAUUGACGGCUAUUUGGUUGUAAAACUUUUACAAGAUCCCAGAUUUCCCAAGCUUCCAACAUCACUUCAAUACAAUACAGAGUUCAGCGAACCGCACGACUGGGGAACUAAUUAUGGAUCAAGAGUCAGAGGUUACUUUGUGCCUCUUCAAACAGGAUAUCACAUCUUCCAAAUAGGUAUAAGAAACGGGGAAAAAACGGGUAAAAACUGCAAACUAUUUAAAUAAUUUAGCUAUCUGGCUACCUUCUAUUCAGCCAAAAAAAGCAAUAACCCAAUGAAUCCAAAAAGGAACGAGGCUUUUUUUUUUUUAAGAGAAUGGCGUUCAAGGCCCUUGAUUCUUACAUAAAAGUCUAAAUGUAAUGAAAUUUUGAGUGACUGGUAAUGUUUUACAUUUUGGGUGACUGCGUAAAGGUUAUUAACAUUAUUUUGUACAACUGGGCUUUCGCGUUGGAAACGUGAAACCAUGAUGUCACCGCCAUUCAAUUUACCAUGAUGUCACCGCCGAUCAAUUUUCAAUUUAUUGCACUAAAUGCUAUCCCAAAGACUUCACAGUCAGUUUAAAUAGUCAUUGCAAAUUUUUCACUCCGGCCAAUCGUUCAAUUUCUCUGUCACCCAAACUGACAAGUUUCACUCCUGUCACUUAAGAGAAUCACUUCAUUUGAAUGGUAAUAAAAAGAUUUUAUUACCCUCCUUUUCAGCGAGUGACGAUCAGGGUAAGUUGUUCUUCAGCCUAGACGAGAACCCUGACGGGAAAAUGCUAAUAGCUAGAGUUGACAAAGGUCACGAGUCUUCUCACUUGGGCUUUACCGCGUAAGUUAACACUUUAUUUCAUGGUUCGUACGUCAUGGAAAAUGGUCAAACACAGUUUAUUUUCUUGUCUGGCUCGACCGAGGUUAGUCAGUGAGCAUUUCUACAUAGGACCACUGCUUUUCAUCUUUCUUCCACUCUUCUUUCAACUCGUAUCUCCCGGCUUUUCUGGCCCUGCUCACACAUAAGGAGAUUUUUGUUUAUUGGCUAUCAAUAAAAUCUCGCGAAGGGUCCUUGGGGUCACAUGGUAAAAGUCAUAAUAUUAUCUUUUUUACAUUUAUAACGAUCAAGAAAACGUUUUUCUUAUAGAUAUCCCGAACAAAAGUCUCAACGAAUACACUUAAUAAAAGGGUCUUAUUACUACCUUGAGGGAAUUCAUAAACAGCAAUAUGGCCGUGACAACUUUGAUGUUGGUGUAAUUACUCCCGACGGCAAAGAGCACAAUCCGAUCCCCUCCGAGUUUCUUCGUACAACAACACCACCCAAACCACGACGUAAGAUAAGUCGUCAACUUGCACUCAUUUGUAUGGUGAUACGAGUAGGACUGAGUGAUGACUGUUAAAUAGAAUUUUUUUCUUUGACCUGAAAAAAUCAAUCUUUGAUCACAAGCAGUGAGUGCUUAUCAUUGUCAGGUUUUAUCAUACUCAUUCUUAUCAUUAAUGUAAUUAUUCUUUUAUCGUUACUUUGACAUUCUAAUUCAUUUUUGAGCACAGUCAAACGAUGAAAAAACAUCAGUUAUUCACUAAAAUGCGAUGAAACUAUUCAAAGCUGUACCAAUGAAGUGUAUUCAUGUCUCCAACGCAGUCAACGAAACCUCCUCCUCUACUCUGAUAACAAUUGCUGCGCAGGCGGGAGCCAAGGCUGGCGCCUCCCUUGGCGUAAAACAAGCAAUGAAGAGUGGUGCAACAGCUGGUGCAGAAGCAGGAGCCAUGGCCGGAGAGAAAGCUGGAGCCGAGGCUGGUGCAAUAGCAGCAAAAGAAACGGCGAUGAAAGUAGCCACUAAAACACUCAGAGAGGCUUUGAUAAAAAUUGGUACUUUCAACAAACCGGUACGGUGUUACUUAGGCAUUCAGUGAUCUAGUCUAAGUAUCUUAUCGCUGGCAUUAUGACGUGAUUACGCAUAAACAGGUUCAGUGACUACGUCCUCAGAGGCGUAUAGAACCUGGGAGUUCCUCAUGAGUGGAGGGACGGUCAGAUUUCUCUUUUUGUCUAACUCAAACAUCUAACUUUAAGCGCAUGAUUUCAACCUAGUUUUAUCUUAGCGUCAAGUUCACGUUCAAUACACUAACCCUUAUUAGAAUGCAGUUCCAUGAUUUUUAACGAUUUACACCUACAAUUAAUUCGUUAUUCUUAUUAUUCCUUCAAGAUUUUUAACAUUUAUACAGCAAACGGGAGUGUUACUCCAUUGCAACAAGGAGCAAUAUCCCAAGCCGGAGCACAGACUGGAAUUCAAGCAGGUGUAACCGGAACAGCUGGAGCUGGAGCAGUAGCGGGUGCCCAAACAGAACUGAUAACAGAUACAUAUGUAAUAGGCAACGCAGGGUUAGAGUCGCAAGUUGGAGUCACUUUAGGUAUCACAGGAACCCAUGUAAUGACUUCAGGAGAAGCUCAAGGGACGACAAUUACUGGCCUUUUUACACACGCUGUUUUCCACAAUAAAACACUUGUCUAUAUUUAUCCACCUCUUGGCAUAAACGCUUUGAUUUUUGCAAAGAAAAAAGGUCUUAUAGACCCGAGAGGGUUCGCUUUGAAAAGUGAGUAAAAAUGAGAAAGUUUUCCCUGAUGUCUUCUUUAUAUUCUCUAUCAUGAAGAAAACGUGAAAAAUAUUUAGCAACUGAAAUCCACGAUUCAACCAAAAUACCGCCGUUGGAUUGCAUAAUGUAGCCUUAAGGACAUUUCAGAACAGGAAAAAUUUAACGUUACCAACGACGAAGCCCUACUGAUGUACUUAUUGUAACAUUGUUACCGCCACUCAUACUUCCUCUAAUUUUCGCACAGAACAGCUAGGCUAUUUACUUAACUUAACAGGAAUGAUUCUGGUGCUUAUGGGAUAAGCUAUUAUAUUGUUUGAAGUUAAAUGAAAAACUAUCGCCCUGUUAUUUAAUCUUUAUUGUGCCGGCUUGAUGUUUCUCCCCACCAUCACAGUUGUGAGUACAGCCAUGUAUGUCAUCUACUCUACUGAUGUACCGGCUGUUCAGGACCCGAAAGUCAAUCUCUGUUGGCGAAUUACUUCUGGAAGACUGGAGCUGUCUCGAAGUUGUCAGGUUAUUAUCAAAUCGUUUUUUGAAAUAUCUUCGAAUUAUUUGUCUUCUAGCAACUGGUAUCGUCAAUGACUAAUACGCGCCUAUUGGGAAUUUGUUGCUAGGUCUUUGUCGUCAGGAUUCCGGGUUUUAUUCCAGGCACAAAAGAUGAGCAGUCUAUAUCAUUUGAGUCUGUGUGCUUACCUGAUAGCUACGUUCGCCAAAAAAACUACAAAUUCAUACUGGGAAAGACGGGAAACACGACAUUCAGUAAGUAGAUAUUAAAGUUUAUCAAUUGUCUUCACAGUCGGUCCGGUAGGCAACUUCAGUAUGGUCAUUGUUUGUCUUCAUAUGGUUAUAGAACUUAUUUAUCAAAUACGCUGGAAACUUCACUUGUCAAGUCAUAACGAUGUUAAUUUUUUUUUUCAUCAUAUUUAGGGCAGGACGCCAGCUUUGCGUUUUCCCGAGCGUUUUCAGCUGGUUUUCAGUUUAACCUUAAAGAGCGAAAGGGGUGGUACAUUUGUCGAAGUUCGAAUAAAACCUAUCACCGGGCGGAUUUAGAGGCAGACUUCCACUUAGAUAACAUAAAUUGGUUGAGGCGUUGUGCAUUUGUUUUACGACCUCUUUCGGCCACAGAGAGUCCACAUAUGAACUGCUUCGGUACAAAUAAACCACCCCACCCACCCCACCCGACAGACAGACCAACAACAAAGCCAACCCCAGUCAAAACGAUCAGCUCAACACCAAAAACACUUCCAACGACCGCAACACCUCAUAAACCUAAAGGUAAAGUAAAGAUAGCUUCCCGACAUGCUUCAUGAUAUAUUAAAAAGUAUCCCCCUCCUUUGGGGCCUGAUUAAUCGAUUACAUCCAAAACCAACGUCAUUUAUAUAUAUAUCCGAACAAACCAUAUUUAAAUGCGCCGAGUUCUCUUUAGCAGCUUUCAUCAGUCGAAGGGUACCGAAACAAAUGACCACACUUCUGAUUGAACCAUUAUUUUUUUCUUGCAGAACCAUGCAUGUAUCUAAAGUUUUGGAAUAACGCAGGUAUUCCUUUUAUGCUCCAUUCCAGUCUUAAACCAGAGGGUUAUUUAGUAAAAGGACGCAGCCUGAUUCUCCAGUACGUUAUUGGAAGUGGUAAAGUGGUCAAGAGAUCACUUUAUGCUAAUUACGAUGACAAAUAUUUACCCCAGGUAAAGGUCGGUUAACUUUAGUCUAACUACGCUUACCUUUUAAACUCAAUAGUACUAAACUAUUGAGAAAAGAAAAAAAACUUAUUGGUAUAGAACAACUAACAUAUGGGAAUGAUUAGAUUUCUAAAAGAUGUUGUCAACUUUGAGCUUUAAAGACGAUCAUUAGUUUAUCGGAAUUUGCAAAUCGUUCUUGUUAUAACAAAACAUUUAUCCGAAACCUCGAGCUCCAAAGGGAAGUCAAUCAUAGUUUGAGUUAUCAGAGCAUGGCAACAGGGAAAUCAGUGAUAAGAAAAAUAAUUACGUGCGUUCCAUUCCAUUAGGAUUUAUAAAGCGCUCUUCUUCAUUGGUUGUGCUAAGGGGAAUAAGCCCAAAUACCGAUGAAUAUUUUGUAAUGAAAAAGAACGUAACCGUGACUUGCAAUUUUGAUUCCCUGAUUAAAAGAAAAAACUAUCCUUUGGGGAAACUAAUAUCAGUUAGAGGCAACCAGGGAGGAUGAGCUGAACUUACAUAGCAGGUAAUAAUAAGCAAUCACUGGAUGAGGAUGAGUACAAUAUCAUGAAUUAUUUAAGCCGAGGUUUGAGUUAUCUUAGAGUUACCUUCUCUCUGAGUUUGCAAACGUUUGAGAGCACUACACGGACGAGGGGCUUUAAAACUAGGCACACUUUGAACUCAGGGGAUAAGUUUCUCAGGAAACUGUGGUAUUGCGUCGUUAAAAACUGAGUUAAAAAGGUAAAUUGGCCUCCGUAAAGAGUUAAAUGGGUGACGUUUCGAGCGUUAGCCCUUCGUUAGCGCGAUUGACGAAGGGUUAACGCUCGAAACGUCAGCCUUUUAACUGUUUACGGUGGCUAGUUUACGUUUUCAACUCAGUUGUUAACACUUUGAACUGGACAUGAUAACCCAUUGUUUGUUGCAGGCGUUGGGUUAUCAUGUCAAUUUCACACGCUAUUGUGCAUUGACUGUAUACUCUCAAAAAAUCAGAGUUUUUGUUGUAAGCCUAGUAUGUAAUAAUACCUUAGAAGUGGGGAGAAUCCAAGGGAAAUACUCGUUGAUCGAUUGACCAAAAAAUUGAAUGUUAAUACCACGACUCAGUCCCAUAUGAUCAAGUGAUAUUAUUAUAUUCCUAGACUUUCACUCAACAAAACAAGCGCUGUGAUUGGUUGAUUCUUGGUCACGUGCCGCCUAUCGAAUUCAAAUGUAUCCCGACCGUGAUACAAUUGCGCAGUUGUUGCCCGCGCGCCGAAUACAACAGCACUUUUUUUUGUUUUUGCCAUGAUUGUUGAAGGGAAAGUCUAAAUACAUGAUAAAGCACUUUAUGUUUAGUCCCUCGGGAAACUGGUUUCUUUUGUUUUCCCUUGAGUCCUGAUCGAUGUUUCCCUCGACUUCGUCCUGGGAAACAUCAGGACUCUCGAGAAAACAAAACUAACUGUUUCGCAAGGGACCAUAAAUUAGGUGUAUAAUGUAACUUGUAGGUCAUGGAAGACUUAGGAGAUAGUCAGCAACUAUUUCUUGACAAGAGUGAAAUCCCAUCAACUGGCAAACAUUUUGUAAGUUUCUGGGCGAGAGAUCCGGCUGGAAAACGCAAGAUUCUCUUGGAGGGAAAGGAGACCUUGUAUGUGACUCCAGGAUUUCAAUGCCAUUACUUUAUAUAUGUGACAGUUACGUCAAGGCCAAAACCAAGUAAGUUACGAUUACUUUAAUUUUCAUAUUUUGUUGCCAAGUGGCUUGCUUCUCGUUAACUCCUCUCACCAAGAUAUCAGUUCGCAUAUUGGUAUCACAAAAUACGAAUUUGCAUAAAGAAUAAUUCAACAUCAACCCUUUUAUUUGUUACUUUUAAUCUAUUACUUUUUUAUGGCUUUGCAGGUUUUCCAACUAAGAAGCCGACGACACUAAGGCCCUUCACGACUAAGCCUUCAAAAUCCACCUCGUCUACCUCUCCGCCGCCACCUAUACCACAAACACAAGCACCUCCUUCCCCACCUCCUCCUCCACCUCCUCCCCCUCCACCUCCUCCCCCUCCACCUCCUCCUCCUCCCCCUCCACCUCCUCUCCUCCCCUCCUCCUCCUCCGCCUCCUCCGCCUCCUCCUCCCCCUCCUCCUCCUCCGCCUCCUCCUCCUCGCCCUCCUUCUACACCUCAUGUUCCUCCUCAUCAUACUACUCCUCAUGUGCACGUCCAUCCAACUCCUCCUUCACCACAAAUACCGUCCCCUCCACCGGUGAAACCCCCACCACCACCACCACCUCUACCUCCUCCUCCUCCACCUCCCUUUCCCCCUUCCCCACCUAUGCCCGUUAG